GGACAGUCUCAUGUCAUGAAUGACAGUAUAUCAUAGAAUCCUUUCAGUACAAAGCUUUUUGUUUCGCUGAAGCCUCAUCACCCUCGAUAACGAAUCAUCGCCUCCGCAAAUAUUUACCUAUCUUUGCAUAAGGCGAUUAAUCGGUAGUGACCUGUCAUCUAUUAUAUUUGUCAACUCCCUGCUCUUGCUCAGCGCCUCAGGAGCCACACUCGCAUCUCCCCUCCCAUAUCUACCAUGCAUCACGCGUUGCUAGUUGACGAAAUCCUGCUGAACAUACUUGCUGCGCUACGAGAAGCAGACGCACCAUACAGUCAGCUCAACGCUGUCGCUCGGACAUGUCAUUUCCUAUCGCCUCUGGCAUUGGACUUCUUAUGGUCGGAAUUGCCGGACGUAAGGCCCUUACUCCAAUAUAUAAAACCAAGGAUGCCAAAUGACCCGCACAUAUCAGUACCAUCCGCGUCCUUCCAACGUGCUGCGUUUCGUGUCCGUAAACUAUCAUGUCCCGCUCUGGCAUAUUCAGAUACCCACUCCCAAAUCGCCCUUACAGAACAACUGCGAUUAUUAAGCAUGAUGGGCAUCACGACCUCGUUGUUUCCCAACCUCCGUCAACUGUCAUGGACUGACACUGAUCAAUCACGCUAUGUGUAUAUCCAACUUUUCUUAAGUCCUACUCUGGAGUCACUCGAGCUGGAUUUCUUUUUCCACAAACCUCCCGACUUUCCCUUCUUAACCUUACUGCCCAAACUCUGCCCAAACCUCCGCAGCAUGUCAAUAAGCAAGCACCCUGUCAUAUCCUUAUCGGGAGGCGAGGGUCCCUCUGCCGUUCGGACGAUUUGUCGGCUACCUCGUCUCACCACCUUAGAAUGCAAGUCAUCGACCAUCAGCGAAGAAGAUAUUCUGCACCUAUCUCAACUCAAGUCACUCAUGACUUUAAGCUUGGGCAUCCCUUCGUGGGUGUCAAGCGACCGCGGAAGCUCGGCGCCUCAUAAUUCCGGGGCAGCCAAAGACCGUGCUGAUCGCUUGUGGUUCUGCAAUCUGCGCAAUCUGCAUCUUCGUGCAUUUAGUAUCCCAAUUAUCACAUCCUUCUUGGAACCUGGAUGCAGGUCUCUGCAGUCAGUUGUCUUCGACAUCUCUGAAGCACCGACCACUGCUUCCUUAACAGAGUGUUUUAGCACACUUAGUUCCAGUCACAGUGAAUGCAGCGCAAUGUCUUCCAUUAAAGUGCGCGACAGCCUUUCAAAUGCUACGCUCGGAGUUUGCCAGCUUCUUCCCGAGUCACAGGUCAUUACAGUGGACGUAUUCAAACCAUUUUUCACUUUCACCAAACUACGAGUUUUUGAUCUGGGCGUGUGCCUGUCAUUUACUUUGGAUGACUCGGACCUUACAGCAAUGGCAAGCUCCUGGCCAGAACUUGAGGUCUUUUGCCUCAAUGAGGGGCGUGGCUGGCAUCUGUCCGCUUCUCACCCUAGACCAUCGAUCACUGUCCGCGGUCUCCGAUCGCUGUGCGCUCUGUGCCCAAGGCUCUAUCAAAUCGCGAUGGUCUUAAAUGCCCUAGACCUAUUUCUUCCGUGUCCCACAACAUCUCCGUUCUCACGGCAGGACACAACUCUGGUUCGUAAUUUGGCAGUGACUCGCCUAAGCUUAGGAGAUUCGAGAUUGGCCAGUCCACAAGAUGUCGCAAGUGCCCUGUCCAGUAUCUUUCCCCGCCUGAAGAGAAUCAGUGCGUGGCAGUAUCCUUUGGACACGUUGCCUGAAAGUCGGUAUUAUCGCAGGCUAUGGGAAGAAGUAAACAAUAUCUUGCAGCAGCGUUUAAAAAGGGACAUUAGCAUCCGUAGCCAAAUAAUUGAUAUUAGACCAUUAGUACAACAUGUGUAGAAGAACUAUUACGUAUGUAAAAUUGUAUCAAGUUACUCGUGUUACCAGUACUGGUAGUGUAUCGAUUUUCUAGAUUCCAAACAUGAUCAUCAAAUAUUGGCUUGUGUCUGCUGAAUCCAGUCGCGACAGAAAAAAAACCUGAGUAGUUCUCUAUCUGUUGUCGCCACCGAUUG